AUGCCAGCCGCAGCAUCUUCCGCUCCAACGCCACCAGCUGGUGCAGCUUCAAGCGCAGGCAAGAUCCAGUUCGAUCAAGAAAAAUUGGUCAAGACGGUUCAGACUUUGCAAUUUGCGUGGUUUGUCGGCAACUUGCUCACUGUAGUUGGCUUUGUCUUGUACGCGUUGACAUAUGUGAGUUUCUUGCCCGCCUUCUUCAAGGCGUUGUACAGGCCCUUUUACUUGCUCACGUUGCUUGGCGUGCUUGUUUCCUUUGGCAUCUUGAUCUUCCAGCUUGUCCAGAAAAACGGCUUUAGGUUCACUUUGAUCAUCAAGGAUGACAACACCCACUACUUGCUACUCGGCGGGUUCUUGUUGUUCCUUCGACCAUACGUUAUCUUGUCCUUGAUUCCAUUUUUCGUCUUUUCGUUGUUCCAUGUCUUGGCCUACACGAAUGGGUACCUCUUGCCCAUUUUCGGCUUGCAAAACAGCUUGGCUUCGAAAUACAUCACGAGCUUUGUCAGCGCCAACAAUGCCAAGUCCAUCCAAAUUGCCAGUGGCAUCGAAUUGGUCACUUUUGUCUGGCUCCUGUUGAGAAUGUUGGCGUUUAGAAAGAGAUCCUUGUCGCCCGUCUUGGUCUACUUGGUGUUUUUGAAGAAAAGAUACGAGGUGAGCCCCUUCACCAGACACUAUUUGAAAAAUGUCAAGGACUUGAUUGGCGGUGUUGUUAACGACUUGAACCAACCUGUCUUGAAACAAGUCUGGGACCAAGUCUUGUAUGCCUUUGCUGUGGUUGACCUGUACAAAUUGGUCAACGAUUACAAUGCUGAAAAAGCUGAAUAA